ACAAAGCAUGAAAACACAAGCGAGGUAACCAAGGUUGGCUGUUGCAGUUUCGUGGCGUGUAAACAAGAUAAAAUCAGCCAGGCAGUUGCAGCACUGCCAAGCUGUGGAAGCGACAAACGAAGUCGGUGAAACAAAUAGAAACGUUACACUGACCUGUUAUUGACUGGCGGACAUGCAGUCUGUGGUAAAACAGAACCUUCAUUCUGAAACUGAAGGAGACAUCAACAAGCUCGUCAACCUGAAGCUAAAUGCAUCCUACACUUACCUUGCACUGGGGAUGUAUUUUGACAGGGAUGAUGUUGCUUUGCCAAAGUUCUCCACUUUUUUCCUGGAGCGUUCAGUGAAGGAGAGGGAACAAGCUGAGAAGCUGUUGGAAUAUCAGAACAUGAGAGGAGGCCGCAUUUUGCUUCAGACCAUUGCUAAACCAAGUAGGGAGGAUUGGAGAGGUGGUCUGGAUGCAAUGUCCUUUUCCCUGGAACACCAGAAAUCCCUUAACACCUGUGUACUUGAUGUUCACCGCAGAGCUGGCGCCCAUACAGACCCUCAUCUGUGUGACUUCCUCGAGCAGCACUUCCUCACCGACAGCCAUGACACCAUCAAGAAGCUGGGCGAUUAUGUUGGCAGUCUGACCCGCAUCACUGCGUCUGAGACACACGGACCUAUGGGAGAAUACCUCUUCGAUAAGCACACUCUGUAAAGGUCACAGCGAAACAUGUAGCAUGACACAAACUCCACAUUUACAAAGUUACAUAGAAACAAAAAGGGCAAUAGUCCCUUUUUCCGUUAUCCAAAUGUUACAAUAUUUUCAAGUUACCAGCAACUCCAUUCUUGUACCACUGGCACAAGAGAAAUUCAGACCAAGUCGACUGAAAAUACCUCAAUUUUUCUAAUGCAAAAAAGUAAAAAUAAUGUUCUCACUUUUGUGGUGCUUAAACUACCACUUUUCUAAGCUGUUAAAAUGACUCGCUUGUUCACAUAGACAUGGUGUUAUGUGUUAUGCUUCCCAGUGUCAUAGAUUUCAGCUUUCGUAGCUGUUUUUUUUUAAAACAAAUUGUUAAGAUCUGGAAUAUCAUUGAAACAUUCAAUAAAGUCUGAUAAUGUUGACAA